CCCCCACUUCGCCCCGCAGCUCCGCGGCCGCGCCGCUGAGUCUGACUGUCUGGCUAUAUGCUUGUGCAGAGCGGGGUGGAGAGGUUGGACUUUGCAGUGGAAGCAGCAUCCCUGCUGUCUGGGACCUGGCGGAGGGCGUCCCCACUUCGGGGGAAGCAAAGGGCCAGCCCUGACCUAUCCUGGCCUAGACUGGUCCUGCCCAGCCUGAGCCCUCCGUCCAGGAGCCGGCUCUGAGGCAGGGGCUACUGUGGUCCCCGAGCGCAGCUACUAUGGACAAGAUCCUGGAGGCGGUAGUGACGUCAUCAUACCCGGCGAGCGUGAAGCAAGGGCUGGUGCGCCGCGUGCUUGAGGCUGCGCGGCAGCCGCUGGAGAGAGAGCAGUGCCUGGCCCUGCUAGCACUGGGCACGCGUCUCUACGUGGGCGGUGCGGACGAGCUGCCGCGCCGUGUGGGCUGCCAGCUGCUGCAUGUGGCCGGCCGCCACCACCCCGAAGUCUUCGCCGAGUUCUUCAGCGCACGACGCGUGCUGCGCCUGCUGCAGGGGGGCGCCGGGCCGCCGGGGGCCCGCGCGCUAGCCUGCGUACAGCUCGGCCUGCAACUGCUGCCCGAGGGGCCCGCGGCGGAGGAGGUGUUUGCGCUGAUGCGGCGCGAGGUGCUGCGCACCGUGUGCGAGCGCCCGGGGCCGGCGGCCUGCGCGCAGGUGGCACGGCUGCUGGCGCGGCAUCCUCGCUGCGUCCCCGACGGCCCGCACCGCCUGCUCUUCUGCCAGCAGCUGGUGCGCUGCCUCGGUCGCUUCCGUUGCCCCGCAGAGGGCGAGGAGGGUGCCGUGGAGUUCCUGGAGCAGGCCCAGCAGGUGAGCGGGCUUCUGGCGCAACUGUGGCGUGCUCAGCCCGCCGCCAUCCUGCCUUGCCUCAAGGAGCUGUUCGCCGUUAUCUCCUGCACAGAGGAGGAGCCGCCGUCGAGUGCCCUGGCCAGUGUGGUCCAGCACCUCCCAUUGGAGCUCAUGGAUGGUGUCGUCCGGAACCUCAGCAAUGAUGACAGUGUGACUGACUCCCAGAUGCUGACUGCCAUUAGCAGGAUGAUCGACUGGGUGUCCUGGCCCCUGGGGAAGAACAUUGACAAGUGGAUCAUUGCACUGCUGAAGGGCCUGGCCGCUGUUAAGAAGUUCAGCAUCUUGAUCGAGGUUUCACUCGCCAAAAUUGAGAAGGUUUUCUCCAAGCUUCUGUACCCCAUUGUCCGGGGAGCCGCCUUGUCUGUCCUUAAGUACAUGCUCCUGACCUUCCAGCACUCCCAUGAGGCCUUCCACCUGCUCCUCCCUCACAUCCCCCCAAUGGUGGCCUCUCUGGUCAAGGAGGACUCCAACUCGGGGACCAGCUGCCUGGAGCAGCUGGCAGAGCUGGUCCACUGCAUGGUGUUCCGGUUCCCAGGCUUCCCAGACCUGUAUGAACCCAUCAUGGAGGCCAUCAAGGACCUCCAUGUUCCCAAUGAGGACCGAAUCAAACAGCUGCUGGGGCAGGAUGCCUGGACCUCGCAGAAGAGUGAGCUGGCCGGCUUCUACCCCCGGCUCAUGGCCAAGUCAGACACGGGCAAGAUCGGUUUAAUCAACCUGGGCAACACGUGCUACGUGAACAGCAUCCUUCAGGCCUUGUUCAUGGCUUCUGACUUCAGACAUUGUGUGCUCCGUUUGACUGAGAACAACUCGCAGCCCUUGAUGACCAAACUGCAGUGGCUCUUCGCCUUCCUGGAGCACAGCCAGCGGCCUGCCAUUUCUCCAGAGAACUUCCUGUCUGCAUCCUGGACACCCUGGUUCAGCCCUGGAACCCAGCAGGACUGCUCAGAGUACCUGAAGUACCUGCUGGAUCGGCUGCACGAAGAGGAGAAGACCGGGACAAGGAUCUGCCAAAAGCUCAAGCAGUCCAGCUCUCCCUCCCCACCUGAGGACCCCCCUGGCCCGAGUUCAACCUCUGUGGAGAAGAUGUUUGGGGGCAAGAUUGUGACUCGGAUUCGUUGUCUCCGCUGCCUCAACGUCUCCUCCAGGGAGGAGGCAUUCACGGACCUCUCUCUCGCCUUUCCCCCGCCCGACCGCUGCCGCCGACGCCGCGUGGGCUCAGUGAUGCUCCCUGCAGAGGACAUCGGCGCCCGGGACCUCCCUCCGCCAUCCCGAGCCCAGGUGCCAAGUAGGACGGGUCCUCAGAGGCAGAGGAAACACUGCAUCACAGGGGACGUCCCCCCCGCCGUCCUGGACAUUGAAAGCCUGGGCCCCCAGGGGCCCGGGGGACAGAGCAAUCUGGAGGAGAAGGUGGAGAGGGAGGAGGAGGCGGAGGAGGAAGAAAGGACCAGGGAGGAAGAGGAAGAGAAGGAAAAGGGGGACGAGAAAGUGGAGGAAGAGAAGAAGGAAAUGGAGAAGGAGACGGAGGCAGAGGGGAAGGACACAGGGGUGGAGAGGAAGGAGCUGGAGGCGGAGGGGAAGGAGCAGGAGGCGGACGCCGAGGGGAAAGAGAAGGAGGCGGAAGCGGAGGCCGAGGGGAAAGAGAAGGAGGCGGAAGCGGAGGCCGAGGGGAAGGAGAAGGAGGCGGAAGCGGAGGCCGAGAAGAAGGAAGCAGGCAACCCCGGCCCAGGGACCCGCAAGGAUGCCACUGCCCCCGCUAGCGAGGGCUCCCGCUCCGUCCUGGACCUGGUCAACUACUUCCUGUCCCCUGAGAGGCUGACGGCAGAGAACCGCUACCACUGCGAGUCGUGCGCCUCGCUGCAGGACGCGGAGAAGGUGGUGGAGCUGAGCCAGGGGCCACGCUACCUCAUCCUCACGCUGCUGCGCUUCUCCUUCGACCUGCGCACCAUGCGGCGCCGCAAGAUCCUGGACGACGUGUCCAUCCCGCUGCUGCUGCGCCUGCCGCUGGCCGGGGGCCGGGGCCAGGCCUACGACCUCUGCAGCGUCGUGGUGCACUCCGGCGUGUCCUCAGAGAGCGGCCACUACUACUGCUACGCCCGUGAGGGCACCGCCCGCCAGACCCUGAGCCUGGGAGCCGCCGACAGGCCCGAGCCCGACAACCAGUGGUACCUGUUCAACGAUACGCGGGUGUCCUUCUCCUCUUUUGAGUCUGUCAGCAACGUCACCUCCUUCUUCCCCAAGGACACGGCGUAUGUGCUCUUCUACCGGCAGCGGCCCGGGGAGGGGUCUGAGGAGGGGCCUGAGGCUGAACCUGGCUCCCCCCGCACCCGGGCAGAGCCAACCCUCCACAAAGACUUGAUGGAAGCCAUUUCUAAAGACAACAUCCUUUACCUGCAGGAGCAGGAGAAGGAGGCACGGAGCAGGGCCGCCUACAUCUCUGCACUCCCUGCAUCUCCGCACUGGAGGAGGGGCUUUGACGAUGACAAGGAUGAGGAUGAAGGCCCUCCCGGGGGCUGCAGCCCUGCAGGUGGCACUGGUGGCGACUUCCACAGACUGGUCUUCUAACAUGAACCCUCCUCCCCCAGCCUGCUCGCACUUGUGGCCUCACAGCCAACCUUGGGUGGCGGGGGUGUCCUGAACCCCUUCCUUCUGGGAGCAGGGUGGGGGCCCAGGACCUGGGCCGGAGUGCUCUGCCAGGCGGGGUCUGAAGGAGGCUGUGGAGGCCGGUCCAGUCCUGAAGGUAGACCUGUCCAAGGACAAGAAAGGUGGUGAGGGGGCUUCUGGGACACCGGCCUCAGCCUGAAGGGCACUCGGAGACUCAGAUACAGAGGUGAGACCCAAACCCCUUAAACUGGGCCUUAGGUCCUGACACUGGGAUCAGCCCCAUGAAGAGUGACACCCAGGUGUCCUGGUCAGCUUGAAGCAGCUUAGAUGGACACUCUGUGGGCCUGUUCCCUGCAGGCCCCCCGACAGGGCCGAGCUUCACAGCUCUAGUGUCUCGCCAUCAAGUAGCACUUCCCUUCCAGCUCCUUUCAGACAAUCUUGUUUCUCUGUCGUACAAAAAGCAGAGCAGGACCCAAGCCCUGGCACAAAGAAGGGGGCUGCGUGUCACCACCUCUGGCCACCGCCUUGUUUCUCUGAGGGGGUUUGAGGCAAUGCUCAUGGGUGGCCACACUGUACUUUUUUGAGGAGCGUAGGUGGGAAGCAGCUGGCACAGGAUCAGAGACUCCCCCCCCCCCCCCCCGACACCCAAGCAGCAAUGCGGAGAGGGGAGACGGCCUCUUAACCCCUCUCCCGCCUCAGUGCCUGAGAUGCCACCAUUCGCAUCCCCAUUCUGGUUAGGAGAGAGAGUCCUUAUUUUACUGCAAGCGUGUUUGUGUUUCUCACGAUGACGCCUGUCCCGAGGGAAGCUGGCUGGCUCAGCACCUCAGCAGGUGGUCAUUAGUGGGGCGGGCUGGUGAGUGAAGUUGACCUCCUUGUGCCCUCACACUGCUGUACCCCUUCUAAAUGGAGAGAGGGGACCCAGGGUCUCAGACAGGAAUAAAAACAGGUUCUCUGAAGCCUUUAAA